GCCACUCUGGGAAUGGGACCACAAAUCAGAAGCAAGAAGAGCUUUGGCUUCUUUCGGGUCUUCCCUCUUCGAAGGCGUGUUUUCAUCCAAAGGGAAUAAACUUUUCCUCUGAGCAGAAGAAGAAACAGGUGUAAGAAAAUCACAAAUGGGAUAAAGCAGUGGUAUUUGUUUUUUCCCCUUUUGCCAAAUAGGCAUGCACCCUGUAAGUUUUUACUUGCAUUGUUUAAAACUGGAGGUGUAAUUGCAGAGACUUUGACUUUUGAGAGCAUUUAUGACAUGCUUUGAACUGAGGUGUGGAGAUCCUGCAGUCCGCACAGGCUCUAUCCUAGAAUAAAGCAACGGAAGUCUUUUGUUAGACAGGCUUUCUAAAGGUGCGUCUCUGGGGCCCCGGUGUAUGGCGCUGAAAGGUGUCGGAACAGGCAGAGAGGUUCACUGGUUUCCAUCUGUGUUACAAUGGCAAAGUGGUUCAAGGAGUUCCCCAUCAAUCUGAAGAAUGGCACCGACAGGAUCCGCUCAGCCUCCGAAUCCGGCUCACAGCCGAGGGCCAAUAAAGCCGGGCUGGUGGCCAGCAUUGGUACCAAAACAACAGGCUCCAAAGCGGGCCAGCGCAAAAACUCCUCUUCUGACAGCACAGGCGGAGGAGGUGGAGGAGUCGGGUCUCUCCUGUCCGGAAGAAACCGAAAGAACUCAGCCACAGAGUUGAGUAGAAACGGGGUGAGUUCCCUGAAAGAUGGGAAGGUCUGGGACAACCUCCUGUCCGGGAAAAGUCGCAAGAACUCCAAAGCGGAGUCGGUGUUUGAGGAGCAGCACAGACCCCUGAAAAGUUCCCCGUCUGCCAACGCUUACAUCAACCGGCUGAUCAGAGUGGACAAACAGGACAAAAGCCCCAACUUCAACAGCGGCACCAUCACCAGUCCAGCGGUACCUGAGGCAGAGAAACCAGCCCAGUGCAAGACAGAGACUGUGAUCAUCCUCGAGGAUUAUGCAGAUCCGUUCGAUGCUCAGAAGACCAGAGAGCAAAGGGAGGCGGAGAGGGUCGGGGAGAACGAUGGCUACAUGGAGCCAUACGAUGCCCAGCAGAUGAUUACUGAGAUUAGACGUCGGGGGUCCAAGGACCUCCUGAAGGUGUGUGUGCUGAUGGAGGCGGGUGAGGGGACUGCGGAGGAAGGUCAGCCCGCGGCCUUACAGAUAUACGACGUCCCAUACGAGGGAAGUGGUGACAGCGACAAGACGGCAGUCACGCGGCCCGAGCUGGAUCCUCGGCCGUCCACUGAGUACGAGCUGCCCUGGGAGUGGAAGAAGGAGCACAUUGUCAGAACUCUGUCAGCACAGUUUGACAGCCCUGAACGAACAGCCAAAGAUGAGACACCUCACCCCACGCUCACCAGGCAGCCCCAACAUCCGCCUGCCCAGCCGCAGCAGCACCAGCAUCUCAGGCAAAAAAGCUGGACCCAGAAGAUCCUGAGGUCCUCUCCUCCGACCCUGUCGCCGUCCUCUGCCCCCGGCAGCAGCCCUGACCCCGAGGCCUGCUGUGUUGACCCCUCCUUGCCCCUGGAAAAACAGAGCUGGUACCACGGCUGUGUGUCCCGUCAGGAGGCAGAGUUUCAGCUGCAGUCCUGCAAAGAGGCCAGCUUCCUGGUCAGGAACAGCGAGUCGGACAACAGCAAGUACUCCAUCGCCCUCAAGACGAGCCAAAGCUGCGUUCAUAUCAUUGUCGCCCAGACUAAAGAAAACGGCUACACCCUGGACCAGAGCAGCUGUGUUUUCCCCAGCAUCCCAGAGGUGGUGCACCAUUACUGCACCCAGCGUCUGCCUUUCAACGGCGCCGAGCACAUGACUCUGCUGCACCCAGUGCCUCGCAUCCACUGAAUCCACGCCAGCCCAGCUUAGGCAUACAACACACCUCUGGGCCACCAUGGACAAAAUGUUUCCAAAAAUCACCUCACUUCCACUGCUCUGCCCUUUUCAGCAGGUCUCACUUUGUGGCCUAUACGACCCUACUUUUAUGAUUUCUGUUUCAUCGUCAGAAAAUAUUUGCAGCUCACUCUGCGUCCAGAAACCCUGGAUGUCUUCCUCCGUCCUUAUUUUACUUUGAUGUGCAGCUGAUGCAAAACAUCCAAGCUGCUGUUUUGCAUGUGAACAAGUGGGAAGCACAGUGCAGACGAUGAGGCACUUUUAAUGAACAAAUGUGAUUUGGAGUUGCUUUGGGACUGAGGCUCACGCACAGAUGUUUUAAUGAUCCAGUGUGGCUUAAUUAUAAGCCACGUACACAUGUUUUUUUUGGUUAUUAUUACUGGAUGGAAUUUACUAUGAAGCAGAAAGUGCUUUUGAUAUAGAGUGAAACUGUUUGUGGCUCUCUUUCUCCCUCUGGUGGAUGUGCUGGACACUGCACCAACAUGCUAACACAAAGAUUUCCCUCUUUCCUCACAACUGGUAGUUGUCAAAAUCCAUGCACAGAGCAUAUCAUUUCACUUACCAGGAUAUGAACAAAGACCAGCUAUUUUAUGCUUAUGCUGGCAGCAUAUUUAUAAUUUAUGUUCUUAUCCUUGUUAGUUGUCCGUAACCCUUGAGGAUUUCCUCUGUUUUACUGUGAAUGAGGGCGUUGUUUCUACUGUGUUAUCUGCACUGUGAAGAGUGAGUGAUUCACCCUGAUACAAUGUGCUUGAAGGACCACUGAUCUGCAACAGUUAAUGCUUUUCAUGACAAGAGCUGAGGCUACAUUUCACGUUUAGUUUUCAGCCAAACAGGCCUGUUCACUCUGGCUGAUAUCUGUAAAAUAAAUGAUUGUGGUAAGAAAACACUGUAAAAUUAGUGUCUUACAUAAAACUCAAGGUCUAUAAAUGGGGCUGAUUUACAGAUACAAGGGCAAGAAAUUAAUGAAAAUAAUGAAAUAAAGUAAAAAAGAAAAACCUGAUUAAAUAUCAGCAUGGACAAAUGUCUCCCUCAGGGUCGAAUGCCCUCUGGUGCUAAGAGGCAGAACAAUCAAAUGGAGAAGUAGUAAUUACAUUAUAUUCUCUAAAGUCUUAUUUUUCUUUGUGUAUUCUAUAUGUAACUCAAUUCGACAUGUUAUCUGUACUCUUAAUUUAGAUAUAUGUUGGAAAUGAUUUGGACAGCUCUGAUCUGCAGCGCAGCCUGACGUUAGCCAUCGGGACGACAAUAAAAUAUGUUAUAACUGAGAUGAAAUUUUCUCUUAUGUUUUAUAUGUCAGGGCCCUUUCCUGUGUCUUUUCAGAGAUUUAAGGGAGGUC